AUGAAGAGUCGUCCAAUCUAUCCUGGUAGUGCUUUGCGGCAUGAAGAUAUCGUGCCUAAUAGAUCUUCAUUUGAAGUGGGCGCUGUUGAGCAUUAUUUCGCUAGACACAGAAACCUGCCUUCCACAGAAGAUGUGGAUAUCUUAUUUAAUAAUAUGCUUGAAAGACGUGGAAUAAAUGAUCCGCAAGUAAAGAAAAGUAUGCAGAGCUGGGGAGUGGAAAAGAAAUGGCUGAUGGUUCAUCAAGAUCACCAAGCUGAGUUGAUGGCACUGGGUGUGAAAGAUGAAGAUCUUCCUAGGGCCAUCGUCGAAAGAGCCAGUUUAGACAUUAGCCGUUUACCUGCUCAAGGGAGCAGUUAUAAUGAUAGCAAUGGUACUACAUCUAUCCAUAGCUUCAUCAAUAAUGAUCCAACAAGUCCGUUGGCAAAAAAUAUGACUAUCGUUACUUCCAACCUCAAUGCACGGCAACAAAGUAUAGAUGAGGGAAUCGUAUAUACCUCCACUCCCACUUCUGCUACGCCUUCCUUUAUGACUAUGAGUAAGAAAGAAACCCCGAUAUCAAGAAUUGAUACUCGAUCAUCGAAUACCAGCCGAACCUUAGCGACAGCAGGCUCUGCCUCUUUGCACACUCAACAAUCGCCUAGCACAGCUUCCAAUAUGGCAGACCUUCUGGACAGUUAUGCCCACGACCAGAACUCUCCAGAAUUCUUCGUCAGAAAGUUUCUGGACCCAAAUGUGCGUUCAAUAACGCCGAAAGUCGCUGCCAGUUUGGAAGUAAGUCUGAGAACACGACCAAUUGAUUGGGUGUCGAGAUUUAUUCAGUUAAAUGGUUUCCAUGUGCUAUCAUACGCUUUGGAAUAUCUAAAUCACAAGUCAGAAGAAAAGAGGAAAGAUACAUCAUUAGAGCUUGAAAUUGAAAUCAUCAAAUGUAUCAAAGCUAUCGUGAACACUAAAGUGGGACGUCAAGAUGCCAUGGAGCAUCCUGAAUAUAUUCAUAUUGUUGUUUUUUCCAUUCUUUGUCCCCAUUGGCAAACUAGGAAGUUGGUGUGCGAACUACUUGCCUUCUUAUGUUACUCGAAUGGUCAUGAGCAUGUUGUUCGUGGUUUUGAAUUAUUACAAGACUUUAAGAAAACAUUGAGUCUGUUCGAAGCCUGGAUUGAUACGUUCAUAGAUACUCUUACAACGGAUAGCAAUGAUAAUAACCAUAAGAGUGGCAACGGCAGUCGACAUGUCUUCGAGAAACUACCAGAAAGUCAUCUACUGGAAUAUACUGUUUCCAACAUGAUACUAAUUAAUGCAAUUACCAGUGUUCCGCCAGAUGUGAAUGAUCGUAUCUACAUGCGAAAUCAAUUCAAUGCAGCAGGCAUGCAAUUCUCCUUACUACCAAAAUUAGAAACAUUAGAUCACAACUUGCUAAACAUCCAAAUUGAAACCUAUAAAGAAGCCGCUGAGAAUGAUAUCGAUGAUGUAUUCGGUGAGGAUCUAUUGAAACUUCAAGACGUUUGUGAGCCUGAUCUGCUUUUCGAUAAGGUCUUUGAAACUGUAUCCGAUUCACCAGCGGCAAUUGAGAACCUUGUAUCGAUAUUAAAACACUUCUUAUGGAUUAAGGGUGAUCCAGAAACGAAGUCGUAUUUUUAUCAAAUGAUAAGCUCAUUGAUUGAAAGUAUUGUCACAGAUAGAAGGAAAAAAGAUGUUUCGGAUAAUUUCUCAUCAACUUACGGUAUGGCUGUUAGCACCAUAUUACAGAAAUUUCGUGAUUUAGAUCGACUAAAAGCAGUAGAAAGCGAGCUCAGACAAUUACGCACGCAAUGUGAAAAGAUAACUGCCGAAAAGGAUGAUUUACAAAGUGAAGUACAGAAACUGCGCAUCCUGCCCAGCCAGAUGGAACAUGAAGCUAUUUUGAAAAGAAACGAAGGCCUUAAAAAGGAGAAUGAUAAUUUGAGGAAUGUUUUGAAAACAUCAAGAGAAACUAUCACUAUGCUUCAAGAGAGAGUACUGGCAACAGAAACACACCAGAUUUAUGAAGAUAAAAGCGGUCAUUUAAUGGUAAAAAAUGAGCGGAAAACUGCUACAGGAAAGAAAGCUUCAUCAUCAGAUAUGUACGAAGUAGCUGCAAAAGAAAGAAAGUCGAUGGAUGUAAGACCAGUUGGGAGAUUUUCAUUGGACUCAAGACCGUUUGAGCGUAAAUCUAUGGAUGUAUCUCAUAAGCAUUAUCGCUAUCAUAAUGAUUCUUACAGAUCAACCAGCAGCAGUGGUCACUAUACAUUAUCAAACAUAUUUUCCUUCUUUACGAGAGGACGAAACAAAAAGCAACCCAGCACCCAUUACUAUGCAUCAGGUUCGAGCAGAGCAUCUUUAUCCAUUCCUUCUACACUGGUUAGUAAAGAAGCCUCCACUUUAGUUGAUAUCCCUCCGCCACCACCACCACCACCACCUCCUCCUCCUCCUCCUCCUCCAAUUCCAGGCUCAGCCUCUGCAGGAACCCCUCCUCCUCCACCACCACCUCCUCCUCCUCCUCCUCCUCCUCCUCUAGGUAGCUCUUCUUCUAACGCUGCUCCUCCUCCGCCGCCACUACCUCCUCUAGGGAGCAGCUCGUCCUUCAAAGCUACUCCUCCACCUACACCACCACCGAUUCCCUCUACACCCUCGUCACAUUGCCUUGUACCUCCUAGGAAGGAGAUCCAACAUUAUCCUCAAACAAAACUUAAGAAUCUUCAGUGGCAAAAAUUAGAUGCCAAAGCCGCUAGAAAAACCAUCUGGGAUACUGCUUCUUUCUCUUCAACCGCUGACGAUAUCAAGCCUGAAAGCAGUAGUAAUGAGGAAGACGAAACCACGAAGAAUUACGAAGACAUUUUAGAGCAACGUGGAAUUUUCGAAAAGAUCGAAACUUUAUUCCCUGCUAAAACCAACGACUUUUUUGAAAGGAGAUUCCAAAAGAAACAGCAAACUGUUAAGAAUGAGGAAAUUCGAUUCCUGGCAAAGGACAAAAGCAGGAACAUAAAUAUUGCUAUUUUACCAAGGUUAAGGCAGUUUGAUUCUUAUCAGGAAGUAGCCAAACAUAUUUUGGCCAUGGACGAUAAACUAUGCACAGAAAUUUUUUUGGUCAAUUUGAUCACCUAUGCACCCAAUCGAACUGAUGAUCUGGUAUUGAUGCAAAAAUAUUUGGAAGGACCUGAAGAAGAAUGUCAGAAGCUAGACGCUUCGGAACAAUUUACAAUUGAGAUGAUGCGAAUUUAUCGAUAUGAAACAAGACUCAAAUUCAUGCUGUUUAGAGUUCAGUUUUGGGAUAAGUUCCAACAACUUAAUGACAGCCUCAAAGUUGUCUUAUCAGCCUCUGAUGCCUUGCGUAAUUCAAAGGCGUUCAGAGAUUUGUUGCAUCUUAUUUUGCUUUUGGGUAACUAUAUGAAUGCUUCUAGUGUUCAAGGCGGCGCUUUCGGUAUGAAAAUUGAUAGUAUCAAUAAGUUGACCGAUACCAAAGCGUCUGACCUAUCAAAUCUAACUCUACUCCAUGUGCUUAUUGGUAUUGUCAGAAGAGAAUUUCCCAGCAUAUUGAACUUUAUUGAAGAUUUGAAGGACGUUACUGAAGCUGCAAGAGUCAUGGCUAGUAUUUCAGAUAUUGUUCAGCAAUAUACGGAUAUGAGACAAGGCUUAAAGCAGCUGGGUAUCGAAUUAGAUACCUAUUGGAGAAAUAAUGAAAGUUACACUGGGAAAAGACGAACAAAAAAGCAGCAGCAGAAAGAGGGACAAAUGGAAACCAUUAAAGAAGUGAGCACAGAAGAAAAUCGCGAGGAGAAAGUUUUGGAAGAAGUCAUUGCUGAUAAAAAGAAUGAGAGUGAUAACAAUAGCGAGAAAACAAAGGAUGCAAUAAUAGAAGGGACGGAAAGUAAUAUGAAGUAUGGUGUUCAAGAAGAGCAAAAGGCUGACGUAGCUGACUCUGAAGGAAGUCAAAAGUUAGAAAUUGAUGACCAAGAGGCAAUGAAUAAGACCGCGGAUUUAGAAAUUGGCAAUGUCAAUACUGAAAAUGGAUUUGAUGAAAUGGAUACUGGAGAUGAAGAAAAUAAUGAUGUUGAAGAUGAAGAACUAGAGAAAGAAGAGGCGGUCAGUCAUGAUAGAUUCUUAACCGUAAUGGAAGAAUAUGAAGCUACUGCCCUAGGCCGUUUUGAAGAAUUAGAAGCGCUCUACGUCAAUGUUGAUGCUAAAUGGAAAGAUAUUAUGACUUUCUAUGGCGAGAACCCACGAAAGAGACGACCUGAUGAAUUCUUCGAUAUCUUCUCACAGUUCAUUUCUGCCUGGAAGACAGCAUCUGUUGAAGAGAUGAAUUAUACAAGACAACAAGAGUUAGCUGAAAAGCGCAAAAAACAAAUGGAAGAAAGAAGACGCAAACAUCUCAAAGCUACCGACGCUAGUGAAAGUGCUAGUGAGACAUCUUCUUUAACAGCAGCCGGAGAUCUUACGAAUACUGAUAGUGACCGAUAUUUGAUGGAUGAACUACUCGAAAAACUUCGUUCUGAAGGAGCGGAUGAUAAAUCCAGACAAAGGAGAGUUCGCGAAAGAUUAAAGCGUUUGAAGGAUGGCCAUGACAUGGAAAGAGCAUUGUCGGUAGAUUCGGCAAUAUUAUUAGCUCGUCAUCCUAGUAACGAGUCAUCGCUAUCAGUAAGCCAUAUACCUACUUUAUCAGCUGAAGACUUACUCAGAAGCCUACAGCUUGACGAUGAUGUGCCAGCAGAUAGUUUGCUAGAAGUAGCAUAUUCCGAUAAUGAAUUGUCCGCAAAAAACUUACUAAGAAGCCUACAGCAGGAUGAUGAUUAA